AGGCCCGAGCCGUCCCUGCACCCCGGCAUGGCCGCCCCGCGCCCGCCCCACGCCGUCGCGGUCUCGGCGCCCUCCUUCUACGCGCCGCAGAAGAAGUUCGGCCCGGUGGUGGCCCCCAAGCCCAAAGUGAACCCCUUCCGGCACGGGGACGGCGAGCCCCUAGCCGCACCCGGGGCGCAGCGCGCGCAGAUGGGCCGGGUGGGCGAGGUGCCCCCACCGCCCCCCGAAGACUUUCCCUUACCGCCCCCUCCGCCCCUCGGGGAUGGCGAUGAGGCCGAGAGUGCCCUGGGAGGCCCCUUCCCGCCGCCCCCUCCCCCAAUCGAGGAGCCCUUCCCCCCUGCGCCCCUGGAAGAAGAGGUCUUCCCGUCCCCACCGCCCCCGCUGGAGGAGGAGGGAGGGACUGAGGCGCCCACACCGCUGGCACAACAGCCCAGGGAGAAGGUGACCAGCAUUGACCUGGAGAUCGACUCAUUGUCCUCGCUGCUGGAUGACAUGACCAGGAACGACCCCUUCAAGGCCCGGGUGUCCUCUGGAUAUGUGCCCCCUCCGGUUGCCACACCUUUCAUUCCCAAAUCCAGUCCUAGGCCUGCAACUGGGGGGGCAGCACCCCUGCCUCCUUGGAAGGCCCCUUCUAGCUCCCAGCCCCUGUCCCAGGCUCAGGCCCUGCCCCAGAGCCAGACACAGGUCCCUGUCCCACCCCAGGCCCGGCCCCAGGUCCAGUUCCAAGCUCGACCCCAGGUCCAGCCACAGGUCCAGCCUCAGGUCCAUCCCCAGGCCCGGCCCCAGGUCCAGCUCCAGGCCCAGCUCCAGGCCCAGCCCCAGGCGCGGCCCCAGCCUGUGUCUUUGGCCCACGCCCAGCCCCGAGGUCCCCCAGGCCCUAAGUUUUCUCCGGUGGCUCCCAGGUUUACUCCUGUGGCCUCUAAGUUCAGCCCUGGAGCUCCUGGAGCCCCAGGUGGACCUGCAUCACACCCCAGUCAGAAGUUGGGGUCCCCUGAAGCUCCCUCUUCCGUGGGCACAGGCUCCCCUCAGCCCCCCAGUGUCACCUAUGCUCAGCAGAGGGAGAAGCCCCACCUGCAGGAGAAGCAGCACCUAGCGUCCCCACCGCCGCCUGCUCCAAUCCAGGUGCGCCCCCCUGGGGCCCCCGGCCCCCUGACCCUGAAGGAGGUAGAGGAGCUGGAGCAGCUGACGCAGCAGCUCAUGCAGGACAUGGAACAGCCCCAGAGGUCGGGUGCGGCCCCCAGUGAGCUCUGCGGCCGUUGCUGCCAGCCCCUGGCCCGUGCCCAGCCAGCAGUUCGUGCACUGGGCCAGCUGUUCCACAUCGCCUGCUUCACCUGCCAUCAGUGCGCCCGGCAGCUGCAGGGGCAGCAGUUCUAUAGUAUGGAGGGGGCACCCUACUGUGACGGCUGCUAUACCGAGACCCUGGAGAAGUGCAGCACCUGCGGGCAGCCCAUCACAGAGCGCAUGCUGAGGGCCACGGGCAGGGCCUACCACCCCAACUGCUUCACCUGUGUGGUCUGUGCCUGCCCCCUGGAGGGCACCUCCUUCAUUGUGGACCAGGCCAACCGGCCCCACUGCGUCCCUGACUACCACAAGCAGUAUGCCCCGAGGUGCUCCGUCUGUGCUGAGCCCAUCAUGCCGGAGCCUGGCCGAGAGGAGACUGUGCGGGUGGUGGCCCUGGACAAGAACUUCCACAUGAAGUGCUACAAGUGCGAGGACUGUGGGAAGCCUCUGUCCAUCGAGGCCGACGACGACGGCUGCUUCCCCCUGGAUGGACACGUGCUUUGCCGGAAGUGCCACACGGCCCGGGCCCAGACUUGAGGGCCAGUCUGCUGGGCCGUGGCCCACCCUCUCAGGCUGACCCCAUUCCAACCCCACCUUCAUUCUAGUCCCUCUGGGACUCAGGGCCCUGAAUAGCAACCCCCCUGCUCUUUGGCUGCAGGGCCCAAGCCCUGGGCUCUUGGCCCCCUCCCCUGUCCACCCUGCGGGGCCCCAUGACCCCCACACCCAGCCACCCACCCAGGGGCACCAGGCCUUUGUGCUGCUUUCACCGCUGCAAGCCCAGCACCCUGCUUCUGAGGGAGGGUGCAGAGCCUGGGGGCUGGAUGGCCUGCCCCCACCAAUGCUGCCCGCCAGGCUGUGGCCACAGCUGCAAUAAAGAACCUUUUUCCAGAA